AUGGGACUGAUAUCAGAUGCCUAUCAAGCCAUUGAGCUAGGCCAUUUCAACUGGCCUUUUCGUAAUAGCCAUCCCGUCCACCCAGCAACAGUCCACCACCCGCUAACCUUCCUCUCCACCGCCUACGCUCUCGAUGCUCUCUACGGCCUCACGAACGGCUACCGCUCUGUCCGAGCUUUGGCAGCUGUAGCCCCAUUCCUCCCUCAGAUCGGCCAGUUCGCUUAUUUCUGCCACGUUCUCGGGGUUGUCACUGCCAUCCCAAGUAUGACCACCGGCACGGCAGAGUACUGGGAGAUCUACAAGCAGGGCGGCCUCAAUCACGCGGAUAAGAAGAUGACGAACCCAGGAAAGAGUGGUGAGGACGUGAUUAGCUCGAGUGUUAAGAUCGGAGCUGUGCACGGGAUCCUGAAUACAGUCGCUUUCGCUGUUUCUGGGUAUGCAGUGUGGUCGAGACUUCGACAGCCGAAUUUUGCUCCAGGUAGGACGGGAGUUCUGCUGAGUGUGCUCACGUUGCCGGGUGUGGCUGUCAGUGCGGCUUUGGGUGCUGAAUUGGUUUACGGGAAGGGUAUCGGGGUGCAGAGGAUGGGUCCGGCGAGGGAGGAGAAGGAGGCUGGGAUGAGGGAGAAUGUAGAGAAGGCGAAAAUUGCGUGA